AUGGUUCUGGUACUGGCAUUAGGUGAUUUGCACAUACCCCACAGGGCGUCUGAUCUGCCACCAAAGUUCAAGUCCAUGCUUGUUCCAGGCAAGAUCCAGCAUAUAAUCUGCACUGGAAACUUAUGUAUCAAAGAGGUUCAUGACUACUUGAAGACUGUUUGCCCAGACUUGCAUAUUGCUCGAGGCGAAUAUGAUGAGGAGACACGUUAUCCGGAGACGAAGACACUUAGUAUCGGUCAGUUUAAGCUUGGAGUGUGCCAUGGUCAUCAGGUUAUUCCAUGGGGGGACCUGGACUCGCUGGCCAUGCUCCAGAGGCAGCUGGACGUAGACAUUCUUGUGACCGGUCAUACCCAUCAGUUUACAGCAUACAAACAUGAGGCCGGAGUUGUUAUAAAUCCAGGGUCGGCAACAGGUUCCUACAGUAGCAUCACCUACGAUGUUAAUCCAAGCUUUGUUCUCAUGGACAUUGAUGGUCUGCGUGUUGUUGUAUAUGUCUACGAACUCAUUGAUGGAGAGGUUAAGGUUGACAAAAUUGAUUUUAAGAAGACAACGACAUCAAGCACGUGA